AUGGCACUGCUUCAGAUGGCAGCCCUUCCUGUACAGGUGUGGCGAUUCGGGAUUCUCGUGGUUACUUCAAGCAAAAUACUGCCAUCAACAUUCUCUGUCGAGGUCACAGAAGCUUUGGCGCUGCAAGAUGGUGUGUUGCUUGCUUUGGAGUUAGGCAUCUCUCAUAAUAUUGUCGAAUCUGAUGCCCUCUCAAUUAUCCAAGCUAUUAAUGAAGGUGUUUUGGGAGGAGUGGCAAUAGAGCAGCCUAUGAACUUGCAAGAGCAGCUAGAGAUUCAGGCGUUUCACAAGUUUGGAAAGACAUUGCAAAGCCGAGUUUUAAGGUUUGUUUAUACUCCUUCUCUACACACGAAAGAUGUCCUUGCUGAAGUCCUUGUUAAUUGUUUUUUAGAGUGGAACAUUGAUAGGAAGUUGUCCACAAUAACUGUUGAUAAUUGUAGUACUAAUGAUGCCAUGAUAAGACUUCUCUUGAAUAAGCUUGAUACUAGUUCUCUUAUGUUGGGUGGGUCUAUGUUGCAUAUGAGGUGUGCUGCACAUAUUUUGAAUUUGAUUGUUCAAGAUGAGUUGUCUCUUAUUGGUGAUGGUAUUAAAAGGAUUCGUGAUAGUGUGAUUUAUUGGAUUGGAUCACCAAAAAAGAGGCAGAAAUUUGAAGAAAAUGCACGUCAAUUGCGUGUUCAAUGCACCAAAGAGUUAGUCUUAGAUUGUAAAACUCGUUGGAAUGCAACUUACUUAAUGCUUUCUACUGCAUUGAUUUAUAAAGAUGUUUUCCCACAUUUGGCUAAACGUGAAACAUCUUAUACUUGUUUGCCAUAUGAUUAUGAUUGGGAGUUAGGCAAAGAUAUUUGUGGGAGGUUGGAGUUGUUUCAUAGUGUGACUGAGUUUUUCUUUGGUCGUAAGUACCCCACAACUAAUAUGUAUUUUACUUUGGUGUGUGAGUUGAAAAUUGCAUUGAAUGAAUGGAGUUUGUCUUCAAAUGAGAUGAUAAGUACGAUGGUAGAAAGCAUGCUUGCUAAAUUUAGUUCUUAUUGGGUUAAUGUUAGUGUUGUUAUGGCUGUUGCUGCUAUCUUAGAUCCAAGAUAUAAGAUGAAGUUUUUAGAGUUUUAUUAUCCUAACAUUUAUAGUGAUAAUUCUGAUUUGGAGAUUGAAAAAAUUAAGAAUCUUUACUAUGAUUUGCUUGAAGAGUAUAGAGAUAUAGAUGAGUCUCCUGUAGAUAAUGAAGGAAGUUCUCAUAUUCUUGCAAGUACUUCAAGCCUUGUGGCACAAAUGAAGUUUAGGUUGAGUGGGGCAAUCUCAUCUUUUGAUUUGUUUGUGAACAAUAGUUCAAGUAGUUCAAAGAAACAUGGGAGUGCUAGAAUGGAAUUUGAUCAUUUCAUCGAUGAGGGAGUGUUGAAGAGGAGUGAAGAUUUUGAUAUUUUGGAAUGGUGGAAAAGUAAUGGUCUCAAGUAUCCUACUUUACAAAGGAUUGCAAGAGAUAUUUUAGUCAUUCUUGUCACAACUGUUGCUUUAAAAUCUGCCUUUAGCACUAGUGGGAAACUUUUAAGUCCACACCGUAGUAAGCUACAUCCCAAGACUAUAGAGGCAAUGAUAUGUUCUUCAACUAUGUCUGGAGAUUAUACACUUCAAUCAAUUCUUGAUGAUGGGGAGCCUAAUAAAGAGGAUGGGAGUUGUGUCACAAUUGUGGAUGAUUAG